AUGUCGCAAGCUCAACUUCAAAUGGUGGCUGAUCUUGAAAUGGAAAUGAUGUCUGAUAUGUAUCGACGAAUGACAAACGCUUGUCAACAAAAGUGUAUUGCCACUAAUUAUAGAGAGGGUGAUUUGACGAAAGGUGAAGCGGUAUGCUUGGAUCGUUGUGUAGCGAAAUAUUUGGAUGUUCAUGAGAAAUUAGGUAAACGAUUGACGUCGAUGUCACAGCAAGAUGAAAAACAAUUGCAGCAGUUACAACAGCAACAAGCAUCCAAAUGA